GGGGAAGUGGGGAGGCUGGGCCGGGAGGAGCGGCAGGGACUUUGCAAACUCUGCAAAUGUCCCUAGCUGAUCUCAGUGGCUCGGGGCUGCAGGAGGGCUCCCGCGGACCCCCAGAUCCCGAGCGCAUUAGCCCAGACUUCCUCUGCUAACUCCGCCCAGGGAACAUCCCGUGUGCACCGCCCGCUCAGGGGUGGUCGUGGGGCCACUUGGCUGCCGGGAAGCUGUGGACUUGGGUCUGAGAAACCCACGUCCAGGGAAGCCCGGUGAGCCGCCGUGCCGGGCGGCCUGGGUUCGCAGGGUGAGCUGGUGAGCAGACCGAGCGCCGAGCGCCGAGGAGGAGCGGGUCCAGCCACACCGCGGGGACAUGGCGUCUUGGCUCUGGAGAAAGCUACGUGGCAAGAGGCGGCUGGUGGUGGCAUUGUGCCUCCUGAUGACUCUGUCUGUGAUGGCUGUCUCCUGCUUCCCCGCACAGCCUCAGGCGGCCCUGGAGCCCCGGAGGGUGACCGGCACCCCUGCUCCCCACAGCCUGCAGGCUCUGAGCUCCCGCUGGAGGCCUCAGACGAGAAGCCUGCGUUUCUGGAGAGGCCGGGCCCCGCCUGGGAGUCCCGACCCUGAGUGUGCGGAGGAGCGAGGCCGCCGGAGGGCAGUGGACAAGAGCAGGGCCCCAGGAGGGGAAAGCCGCCCUGUAGGGCGGGUCAAGAGGGACAUUGCUGUGGCAUCAUUGGUCGGAGAUCCGGGACUCAGCACUCAGCGUCUGGUGCGCCUGAGGGAGGAUGAGGUCGAGGGUCCAGGAGCCAGAGACCUGCGGCCCCCUUGGAAGGACGGUCCCAUCCGGGAGGUGCAGAGGGAGACAGGCACCCUGGCCGGCGCCCUCCCAGGACACCGGACAGCCGCUGCCGGACCGCCCCUCCGGCCCCAUCCAGCCCGAGGCAGGGACCUGCCGGGAGCUGGGAACAGAGCCUUGACUGGUGGGCAGAGGGCGUGGGGUCCCACCGCAGCCACAGGGACCCAUUGGUGGCCUGGCUCUGUCCAGGAGCUGCAAGGAUCCACCUGGUGUGCCGCUGAGACUCCGGGGCUGGGGGCCAGCGGGCAGGUGCCGCCAUGGCUCACGGAGCACGAUGUGCAGACCCUCCAGCUGCUGGCCCAGGGGGAGGUGGUGGGCAAAGCCAGGGUCCCCGGCCACGGGCAGGUGCUGCAGGUGGGCUUCUCCACGGAGGGCGCCCCUCAGGAUGCGUCUCCCGGGCUCAGUGGACUCUGCGCCCAGGGGCUCUGCGGCCUGAUCAAGAGGCCCGGAGACCUGUCUGAGGUGCUGUCCUUCCACGUGGACCGCGUGCUGGGGCUGCGCCGGAGCCUCCCCGCCGUGGCCCGGCGCUUCCACAGCCCCCUGCUGCCCUACCGCUACACGGACGGGGGCACGAGGCCCGUCAUCUGGUGGGCGCCGGACGUGCAGCACCUGGGCGACCCAGACGACGACCAGAACUCCCUGGCCUUGGGCUGGCUGCAGUACCAGGCCCUGCUGACCCGCGGCUGCAGCGGGCCGGGCCCGGCGGCGUCGUGCCUGGGCAUCCGCCGCGCCGAGUGGGCGCGCCUGGCCCUCUUCGACUUCCUGCUCCAGGUCCACGACCGCCUGGAUCGCUACUGCUGCGGCUUUGAGCCCGAGCCGUCGGAGCCCUGCGCGGAGGAGGGGCUCCGAGAGAAGUGCGGGAACCCGGGCGAGCUGCGGCUGGUCCAUAUCCUGGUCCGGAGCAGCGACCCGUCUCACCUGGUCUACAUUGAUAAUGCCGGCCGCCUUCAGCGGCUGGAGGACAAGCUGAACUUCCGGCUGCUGGAGGGCAUCGACGGGUUCCCUGAGUCUGCCGUGAAGGUCCUCCAGUCAGGGUGUCUGCAGAACUUGCUGCUGAGGUCGCUGCGGAGGGACCCGGUGUUCUGGGAGAGCCAAGGCGGGCAACAGGGGCUGAGGCAGGCGCUCCAGACGCUGGAGCGGCGAGGACAGGUCCUUCUGCGGCACAUCCGGGAGCACAACCUGACAGUCUUCGGGGACGAGGACCCGUGAGCCCCGCGCCGCCUGGGCAGGGCUCCCGCCUCGCCAGUGGGGUGCUCACGACAGACCUGAGCGGACGAGCCCCCGUGCUGAUGGCCACGCCGCCCUGGGCUGGCUCAUCUGAAGACAAAAGGGACAAGCCAGAGGCUGGAGGGCACCACAGGUGUCACGGGCGUGUCACCUACCUAGGACGGUGCACGGGGUGGGUGGUGGGUUCUCACUGUUACCACAUUCGUUUCUGCCCUCUCGGCUCUGGCCGUGUGCUUCCUUGCACCAAUAAACACAUUCAAGAAUGUUCUGUGGAC